CUCUGAGAAAACUAUUAUGAUUUUUUUUUGAAUAAAUACGAGCAGGUCAGAAUGCUGGCCUCGUGAGAUCCGCUGUGCAAUUUGCAAAUCCUGGCUGACACAAGCAUAUACGCCCACAAAACCCAGGUGACGCCGAGAGGCCGGAACCUCUCCACUCCUGCUCCGCAGCAUUGCCGUCGCCGUCGCCGUCGCCGAAGAUGGCGAGGGGCACCACCACCAUGGAGGUGCGCGCAGACGGCGUCGCCGUCAUCACCAUCUCCAACCCGCCCGUCAACGCCCUCUCCCUCGACGUCAUUGCUAGUUUGCAGAGGAACUAUACAGAGGCUCUAAGCAGGAAUGAUAUCAAGGCAAUCGUCCUCACUGGUGCCAAAGGAAGGUUCUGCGGCGGAUUCGAUAUAUCUGCGUUUGGAAAGAAGCCAAAAAAUGAGAAGCCUGGAUCCAUGUCUAUUGAUUUCUUGACUGACAUAGUGGAAGAUGCACAUAAACCGUCAGUGGCUGCUAUAGAUGGCAUUGCUCUAGGAGGUGGGUUGGAGCUUGCUAUGGUUUGCCAUGCUCGCAUUUCAACACCAUCAGCUCAAUUAGGACUACCUGAACUUCAACUUGGAAUCAUUCCUGGACUGGGAGGGACGCAGCGCCUUCCCCGUCUUGUUGGCCUGCCAAAAGCCAUUGAGAUGAUGUUGAUGUCAAAGACUAUAAAAGGCAUGGGGGCACAAGAACUCGGCUUAGUUGAUGCUGUUACUUCAGCUAAUGAAUUGGUCAACGCUGCCUGUUCCUGGGCUCUAGAAAUUGUUGAAAAGAAGAAACCAUGGUUCAGAAGUCUCCACAGAACUGAUAAACUUCCAGAUCUUGCGGAAGUGAAGGAUGUUCUGAAAUUUGCAAGAGUUCAAGCUAAAAUGAAGGGUGCUAAUGUUCAGCAUCCCAUAGUUUGCAUUGAUGUUAUUGAAGAAGGAAUAGUCUCUGGCCCUCGUGCAGGUCUCAUGAAGGAAACUCUGUCUGGUAAAAUGCUUGAGCAGUCUCAAACAAGCAAAAGCUUAAGACACUUUUUUUUCGCUCAGCGUGCUACUUCAAAGAUUCCAAAUAUUACCAACAUGGGUUUGACAGCACGGAAAAUUAAAAAGGCAGCUAUCAUUGGGGGUGGUCUAAUGGGAUCAGGCAUUGCAACAAUAUUGAUAUUGAACAACUUCAGUGUUGUCUUGAAAGAAGUAAAUGAAGAGUUCUUAUCUACUGGCAUUAACAGAAUUAAAGCCAAUUUGCAGAGUUUCGUCAAAAAGGGUCAACUUGCCAUAGAAGAUUAUAAAAAGAAACUUUCUCUGUUAUGUGGUGUUCUUGACUAUGAACAGUUCAGAGAUACAGAUGUAGUCAUUGAGGCAGUUAUUGAGGAUAUGUUUCUUAAGCAGCAAAUAUUUUCUGAUCUUGAGAAGUAUUGCCAUCAUAAUUGCAUAUUUGCCACAAACACUUCAACUAUAGACCUGAACAUAAUUGGUGAGAAGACAGCUUCUCAGGACCGGAUUGUCGGCGCACACUUCUUUAGCCCAGCUCAUGUCAUGCCACUGUUGGAAAUAGUUUGUACUCAUCAUACUUCUUCUCAAGUUAUUGUGGACCUGCUUGAUUUGGCAAAGAAGAUACAGAAAACACCAAUAGUUGUUGGCAACUGCACAGGUUUCGCUGUCAAUCGGAUGUUCUUUCCUUACGCUCAGGCAGCUUGUUUUCUUGUUGAUCAUGGUCUGGAUGUGUAUCACACAGAUCAUGUGAUCACACAAUUUGGAAUGCCAAUGGGGCCCUUCCGAUUAGCUGAUCUUGUUGGUUUUGGUGUUGCUAUUGCCACAAGGAAGCAAUAUUACCAGAGUUAUCCUGGACGAUGCUACAAAUCAAUGAUUCUUCAGAUUCUUGUUGAGGAUAAUAGGACAGGUGAAUCUUCUCGUAAGGGCUUCUAUGUAUAUGACAAUAAGCGCAAAGCCUCUCGAGAUCCUGAUUUGGGAAAGUACAUUGAAAAAUCAAGGAACAUGGCAGGUGUUAUGCAAGAUCCUAAGCUGAUGAAACUAACAGACAAUGACAUUGUGGAGAUGAUCUUCUUUCCUGUGGUGAAUGAAGCCUGCCGAGUGCUUGAUGAGGGAAUUGCUCUCAAAGCAUCUGACCUUGAUGUAGCUUCCAUUAUGGGGAUGGGUUUCCCUUCUUACAGGGGUGGACUAAUGUUUUGGGCCGACUCGCUUGGUGCGAAAUAUGUGUACGACAGACUGGAUGCAUGGUCGAAGGAUUACGGGGAGUUCUUCAGACCCUGUGAAUAUUUAGCUGUGAGAGCUCGUCAGGGUGUAUCCCUGGCUGCCAAGGUUGAUGGUGUCAAGUCGCGACUCUAGGGUUUUGUUGUUCAUUUGUCCGGUCAUGCUUAUACAGACUUGGGCCUCGGUGUCAUUGAGUUGUUGUGAAAACCCUUGAGCAUCAGGAAUUGGACUGUCACAAUCAUGCAGUUGCAAAACCUGCACAAGUGAAUGAUAGGGAGCCUAGCGAAGUAGAAAUUGCAUGUGCCUUCGUGGGAUUGCUGAGGAUCUACAGCAGGAAUUUCACUGAAAUAUUAUUUGCAGUUUGUUGAAGUGAUGCCCGCAACUUUGCAUAGAAUAGUUAGAGCAACUCUAAGAGCUUGACUAAAAUUAGUAGCCAAAUUCCAUUAUUUAACCAUUUUGUAAAAUAUAAAACUUCUUAGAAAAGAAGAGGUUCAUAAUAGCCGUGCUAUUUUACAAAAUUGGAUAGCUAAUGUCAGUGAUUGGCUAUAUAUAACCACUGAACAAUUUUUUAUUUUAUAAAA